AUGGCGAAUAUGCGAUUAGUUACAGUGGUUGGAGCUACUGGUGCUCAGGGUGGUGCCGUAGUACGAUCAUUAAUAGAAACGGGUAAAUAUAAGAUUCGCGGUUUAACACGUGAUCCAACCAGUGCGAAAGCACAAGCAAUAAAACGUUUAAGUGAUAAUAUUGAAAUGGUUUCCUGUGAUAUUAAUAAAAGUGAUGACGUUAAACGUGCAUUUAAAGAUUCAUGGGCAAUUUAUGCUCUUACAGAUUAUUGGGCACAACCUGAUAAACCUGAAGUCGAAAUACAACAAGGUACUUUAAUGGCUGAUAUUGCUAGUUCUCUUCAAAUUCCAUAUUACAUAUUCAGUACAGUUGAAAAUGUUAAUAAAUUAAGUGGAGAAAAAUUAGAUGUACCACAUUUUACACAAAAAGCUAAAAUAUGUGAUUAUAUCAAAGAAAAACAUCCAAAUUUAAAAGUAAUCUAUGUUGAACCAGGAUGUUAUAUUCAAAAUUGGCAAAAUAUGGCAAAACCACAAAAAUUAGAUGAUGGUACAAUUGUAUUUGCUGCUCCAUUGAAUCAAAAAGCUAAAUUACAUUUAGUUGAUAUUGAUGAUACAGGUCCUAUUGUUCGUGAGAUAUUAGAAGAUCCAGAAAAAUAUAUUAAUCAAGAUAUUUGUAUUUGUGGUGAAGAAAUUGCUUUUGAAGAUGUCGCAAAAGUUUUUACGAAAGUAACUGGUAUUCCAGCUAUAUCAAAAACAUUGAAAGAAGAAGAAUUUCGAUCAGCAUUAAGUUUUCUACCAAAAUCAGGACAAGAUGAUCUAUUUAAUAUGUAUAAAUGGUUUGAAGAAUAUGGUUAUUAUGGAAAAAAUAAAGAUUGGACAAAUGGUAAACAAUUAACACAUUUGAAUACAUUUGAACAAUGGUUACAAAAAACUGGAUGGAAAGGUGAUUCAUAA